AACUUCCUGAUGACGAUAUUCCGGUUUUUGUUUUUUGUAAACAGAAGAAGCCAACAUCCAAGCAGAUACAUAAAAUCACCUCUUUGUGACGGUUAAAAUCUGUGUCACUAAUUAUGUUUGCAGGCUCCGCAUAGCUGAACUUCUACUCCGUCAAGAGAGCCGUGUCGCUCCUCCUGUCGAUUUUCCAUCACGCUCUUCGUGGAAUGACAAGUUAUCAGCUAGCUCAGCUAACGUGAAGCAGAAUCGUUCAAACGUUAGCUAGUUAGCUUAGCUCCAGCUGCCGCUUGCUAAGUGUUUGUCACCCCCCGAACGGAGAGGACACUCUCAUGGUGGUCCCAGCUUAAUGGGGAACUGUCUGUUUUCACAAGGUGCGGACGAUCUGUCUCUUCUGAACGAGUCCGAGGGGGGCAGCCUGCCCGGAGAGCCUCCGCCGCCCUACCAGGAGCGCACCCAGCCGCUGCCGGUGUACCAUCCCACCCCAGGUGAGAGUCGUCUGGCUUGCCAGCUGACUGAAGAGGAGCAGGUCCGCAUUGCACAGCGAAUCGGUCUAAUCCAGCACUUGCCCAGAGGCGUCUAUGACCCAGGCUCAGACCCAUCUGAGAAGAAAGUGAAAGAGUGCGUGAUCUGCAUGAUGGAUUUUGAGUACAGUGAUCCCAUUCGGUUCUUACCCUGCCUUCACAUCUACCACGUCGAUUGCAUUGACCCCUGGCUGAUGCGCUCCUUCACCUGCCCCUCCUGCAUGGAGCCGGUGGAUGCGGCCCUGCUGUCCUCCUAUGAAACCAACUGAGCAGACCCAUGAUGGCUGCUCCUGCCUAAAAGUAACCGCACCUUUGUAGCCAAAACUGUCCUAGCUGUCCAAACAGGAAGCCAAGGUGAUGUAACUUUAUGCAGAUGUUUGAGGGGUGCGUUAAGAUGCCCUACAGUACAUUGCUAAGGUCAGAACCUAUUCGGGCUUUGUAAACUCUUUGCCUUUUACAGUAGUACAACGUGCCAAAUAAAGCUAGAUGAAGAAUAUGGAAAGUUGUACACGUAGCAAAAUAUUAGUGCAAAGUCAUUUCACUUUUGUAUUACUGACAGUCUGUCUUGAUUUGUGAUUUUUAUGGUAAUUGGAUGCAUGUCCCCAGUGCAGUUUACUUACCUUUUCAAGACGCAUUGUGCAAUAUGUUACAUCGAUGGAAAAAAUGCAGAAAAUUUGUUUUGGCGUCAUUGUUUGUCUGAAAGUCCAGUGAAAACAUGAUGUUUACUUACUGUGUUUUUUCAAAUGAACUGACCCAUGGCCUUGAAUGUCACAAAAACACAGUCUCUCUAUAUGCAAUGUAAUCAUCAAAGCACAGAAAAUUAACAGAUGUUUCCUGAACAAAGAUGUUCUCUGAGGUCCCUCGAUCAUUCAUGUCUACAGCACCAUGAGGUAAAUGGUGUCAUUUUAGCUUUUGAAAACAUUUGAAGAUCGGAUCUGUUUCAUUUGAUUAGGAUCUUUUUAUCUGCACUGUAGUUCUUUUCCUGUGAAGCUGCUUUCCACAAUAUGGAUCCUGUCCUUUGCUUUGCCUUGAGUUUAUGCUCGCUGUUUUGUUUCAAAAAUGUGUGUCCUUUUCAUUGUUUACUGUGGGUGACAUUUACCAAGUCAGGAUAUGCUGUGCAGUCCCCCUUAAAGCACCUUGGGAUACCCCUCAUAUGGCACUCAGUAGCUUGUAGAUUUCCUAGAUGAUUGUGAGUUUGUGUAUGUUUGAUUUGAUUUUUUUUUUUUUUUUUUUUUUGGAGGGGAUUGUUGUUAGGGAUUGUCGAGAUAAUAUUGUGAAAUAGCCCUGUCUAUCCGUAGUUAGGUCUCUUUUUUUCUGUUGAGUUUUGUGUUGUGUUGAUGGCCUUCUUACAGCAAGUGAUGCAUUUCCAGAUCUCAUUAUGCUUUUACCUUUUGGUAUUAGACGUGUGCUAUCUGAUACAGGCUGCAUAAUAAAACAGUAGGAAGGAAUGCAUCUUGAAUGUAAAGCGUUAUUUCAGCUUUUAAAGAUUUGGACAGUAUAGGUGACAGUAGGAUGGCAUUUCUGAUUUACCCAGGCUGCUGUGCCUUUUCAGGUUGAGGUAAGCCAGUUCCUGUGAAGUACAAUCAUUUCUGAAAUUUCUUUUGGUUUUCCUUUAGUUGUCCUCUAGGGGGAGACAGAUACCAGCACUUGCACUGAUUUGUGUUGCUAUGAAAUAGGCCUAGAAUGAAGCCAGAAAUUUGCUGUGGCUGCCGUUAACAAUCAUUUUGUGUUAUAAUUUAUAAUGUGUGCCACCUGGUACACAUGUUUUAGGAAAAUCAUGAAACCACAAUAAAAAUGGAUACCAGAUUUUA